GUCCCGGUAUCCUAGCGACCAGCGACCCAGCAGCAGCAUCGACAACCCGGAGCCUGAGGGAGAAAAACCUGAGCAAUUCCUGUCACUCAUUCCCGGGAACUUCUGAUCCCGGCUGGAACAAUGAACCCUCGGUGCAGCAAUCAAGGAGAAGACUAGUGAAGGGGAGCAGCAGAGAGGUCAAACCCUCUUGUUACGACAUCAGCUGCUGUAUUCAGAGUGUUGAAGGACUGUGAGGCUGUGGAUAUUAAAGAGAAUGCUGAGCUACAGCAAGAAAUAUCUCAAAGUUCCAACUCCUUCCGAACACAAUUGGAAUGAAGAUGACUAUUAUCUGAAAGAUCCAGAUCAGAGGCGCGACGAGUUGCCCCAACCAUUCAGGAUGAUCGAUAAAUUAAUUGGCUGCAUCAUUGACAGUGCUUGGGAAAGCAUUGAAAGAAGGGAAGCAGAAAGAGAAGCCGAAAAAUUAAAGAUAAAACCACCUACUCGUGAAUCAUCAGAGGAAAUUCAGCUUCCUGGCAAUUUAAACUGUUUUGCAGAUCCUGUGGAUGGAAAUUAUAUCUUUGCUGGCCUAUCUGAAGGUGUGGCAGUUCUGAACAUGGGGGAUCAUACUAUUAGAUCUGUUUGGAAAAUGGAAGGUAUUGAGAUUGUUGCCCUUCAAGUCAGACUCGUUGGAGGCCAGCUUUAUCUGUUCGCUGCUCUGGAUGACAUAGGUGUUGCACGCCUUCUUUUUUCUUACAGGGACACCUUUUCUUUGAUAAAAGUUUUCAAUGCCUAUGACAACGUAAGUGAAAAAAUCACUUGUAGCAAAUUUGAGUUAUCAGAAGGUGGAGAUUAUGCUGGACUAACUCUUGAAGGUAAAGGCGAGUCCUGGCUGGAGGUGUAUCGACUGCUGAAAGACAACUGGAUGCAAGAGCUGGAUCAGUUUGAAAAGCUUAUGAUACAAAAUGAGCAAACUGGAAAACGUUCCACACUACUAGCCGCUAUGCCAACCCAGCAAGAAUCCUCAACCGGUAAUAAGCAACUCAAUCCACCAAAUGUACAAGAUGUUAAACUGACGCCUCCUGUUCUGGUGAUGAAACAAAGACCCAAACAGAUCGCAGAUUGCCUUUGGAAAAAUCCAUUUGAUGCCCUUCAGAAGCUUGAUGAUGCCAACAUUAUUGGUACAGGCCAAAAUCAUGUUAUUUCUACUCAGCAAUGGAUGGAGGAAAAGAAAAUAUUUGAAGAAAUGUAUGAGACCUAUCUUUCUAAAGACACCAGAGAAGAGAGUGAAGAAAAGCAAAGUCAAGCAACAUUUCAUUUUCUUAACCUCGGACGAAUUCUUCCAGUGGGCCUGGAACAGAAAACUCAAGUUGGUAUUCCAAAUGCCUUAUGUGUGUGGUGGAAUGGCAGCCACGUUCUACUCCAUUAUGUACUGAAAAUACCAAUGGGGAAAGAAAAGAUAGAACUGGAACCAAAAGCUGAUAUUGUCUGGCCCAAUGCUUCUCCAAUCAUUUGUUCUGCUUUAAAUGUGUGUGCAUCCCUCCUGGUGAUUGCCCUUGUAGAUGGGACAAUCACAAUCUGGGAUUUAUACCUAGGCAUCCCAAUAUCAGUCUUAUCAGUUUCAACAGACAGUACCAUCCAGAAUCUGCACUUUCUGGAGUCCAGCUUUUGUGUUCCUUUUGGAUCAUCUAACGAAUAUAGAAAAGUUCAGAUAUUGGCAACCUGCAAACAUGGUGCAGUUUACCUUGUGACAGCCACUAAACACACUGAAGGUAACAUUUCCACAUUGAGAGAGAGAAAUGAAGAACCUGGAAUUACCAUUAGUGCAGUAGCACUUGUACCACAAAUCUCAAAGUUUCUACUCAUCUUUACAAAUGGCACGAUAGCUUUAUUGGACUUGACCUGUGGGGAUAUUUUGUGCCACUGCAUUUUGCCGUUCUCACAUGUAAUAGCUUCACCAUGGGAGCCGGUAUUUGCUUUUGACAGAGAUGGCAGCUUCCUCUUUAUCAAAGGAGAUAAAAAGAUGAAUGAAGACUCCCUGGACAAAAAGGAAAUCAGCUGCUCAUUAUUUGCCUUCUCCUUGCUCUUCCUUUUUCCACUGGACAGCUGUAGAAAGAAGAAAGAGCUCCCACAGCCUCCUACACAGAACACUUUGGAAAAGAGAUGUGAACAUUUUCUGCAGGAACGAUUGAAGUCAGUGAUGAGCAGAAAUGAAGAAAUGACGAAGUGUUGGAAUCAGCUUCAGCACCAUGCCAUGUUAGUCAAUGAAAGGAGAGAGACUAAAAAGAAAACAACAUGUUCAGUAAGAUAAAAAGAACCUCACAGAGAUUGGAGUAUAUCGACGAAGAGUUUCUGAUUAUUUUCUGUUUGCUGCAUGGCCUCUAAAAUGAAGUUUUCACCUUCUUUCUGUUUGGAUGAGAUGUCAACUCAAGGCCAACUGAAACUGGAGAUUACACAGACUGCAGAGGGAGUGAGGGAAUAGUUAACCUUGAGUUGCUCCUCUUGGCAGCUCAGUGCAUUGAUUUCCAAAAUGCUGCACCACUACACUGCAGGAAAGCUUCUUUAUUACAUCAGUUUUGAAACAGUAGGAAUAAUUGCAUAAGGUUUUACUGCUGACACCAAGCCUCACUUGAAUCCUAUCUCUGACCAUGCACUCAUCCAGCGAUGUUCUGUGCUGGCAGCAGAGUUUUGCACUCCACAGUCUCUAUUUAACAAAUUGUAACCCUGAAUGCCCAAUUUCUUUUCAGUUUUUCUCCCCUGCCACUGACGCAUGCCUGCAGUAAAAUCCACCAUUAUUUCAGUGCUACAGUAAUUAAUGCUUUUACCUAGUAGUCUGUCAGGAGAGUUCUUAUUUUAAAACUGAAUAAAAAUGCAGUUAAAUAAACCCCCUCAUGUGGCAUAUAUUGAUACUAAA